AUGAGUGACUACAAAUCUCUUAUUUCUCUUCUUCAGGGGAGUAAGAGGGCUGAAAGCAACGAGUUUACUGAGCCUACUGAUGAAUCUGAAAGUUCGUGUGGCGUAGGAGCUAUCCUGCGACGCACGUCAGAUUUUGCUCCUAAUCUUUAUGAAGAGGACGAGAAGAGCGAGGAGGAGUAUCGUUCUACUCAGAUAAAACAAAGCAGUAUCUUGUCUUCAUUCUGGGAUCACUUACAUUCUUCUCCUAUACCAGCCGACAGAACACACUUUAAGGCGGCGAAGGAGAUUACUGGCCUGUUCACAUAUAGCUCUGACAUUGUUACAGGACUUACGUGUUCGUGCAACCUUAAUGACUCGGAAGUCCAAUCUUUGUUGGCCUUUCAACAACGAUUUCAAGACUAUUAUUCUGAAAAGCUCGAUCCAGAGGAAUGGUCUCUUCUAGCAAAGCUUCGUACCCAUUUCGAUCCAGAUCAGCGUUUUGCCAACCAAGCUUUGUACAAGCGUUUUUUGGGCUUAUUUUCAUCUCGCGUGUCUGUUGUCUGCACAUCUCCUUCUUAUGAUGUUAGAGCAAUAUAUCAGGAAGCUGCUGUAGUGCAUCUCUUGAACCAAGCAGUUCAGCAUGCUGCAAAGCGGUACGACGUUGUUCAGAAUCUGCGUGCUGGGCGAGAUACAUCCGAGAGUGCUGCCUACGAUCUUACAUGUAAUGGAUACACACGCACUCACACGCUAGUUCUACUCCCAACAAGGCAUGCAUCGUGGAGGUUUGUAAUGACCCUAUUAGCUGUUGGGAUGAAAAUCUUUGAAUUAACUCCGCAUCGAUUGGAGGAAUGGGAAGAAAAGUUUGGGUGCGAUGAAGAUGAACCAAGAAUCGCAUGUUCUGUUUUAGAGGAUGGAAAUACACACACACUUUCCCUAUUGGCCGACGAAGCCCCGGACGCCCUCAGUGACGCACUUGUUGAACAGCGGCGACGAAAUACUGCACAAUGGUAUCGGUCAUUUUGCGGCGAUACAGACGAUAAUUUUAAUUUUGGAAUACAAAUACAUGGAAACAAAAUCAUUCUUCUCACGCCGCUGCGUGUCGCAGAUAUAAUAGUGGCGUCUCCGCUUGGCCUGAGACAACAAUGCAAUAUUGAUCCAACAACUGAUAAUACAUUCAAGGCUCGGGCUGGCGAUGGCUUUAAGAUUGUCAAUUUUAUCGGGAUGCUUUCAUCGUUGCACACUUUACUUAUAGGAGACAUCAACGCCUUAGAGAUGCAGAACUGGGAGCACUUUUUGAGCUGCAUAUGGGGGAUUCAUAAGCCUCCACGCGAAGGAAGUCUCGUGCAGACGCAUAAUUACGCCUGUGACAUCCGAACAUACCUACCUGCAUAUCUCAACGGACAACAAAGAUUCUUACUCCAAGUACUAGCUGUGGGAGAAUGUUUUGGAGAAGACUUCAAUAAGCUACUGCAUCAACAGAAUGUGGAGAAGGCAGAAAAGGAUGAGAUUAUUAAUGAGCCCUCCAUCAAACGUAGCGGGCCUGUUCAGUCAAUACCAAUGAAUGAGGCUUUUUCUACAUGCUCAUUAGUCCACAACUCUAAGGGCCUUAUUAGGAUUACUUCUAUUCCAACGAUAUAUCCGCAUGUGAAGUUACGAGAAGACUUCCCGUUUCUCCGCAUUAUUCUAUACAGAUUAGAAAAGGGAGCUGUCCAGGCUCGUCAGACAGAUAGCAUAGAUGAGCGGAGAUUGAGCUUUUUAGUAAAAGAUUAUCCCAAGAUCGACUACUUAAUUAACGUUCUCAUUCCUCGGUUAAUAAGAGCGCCAGAAAUAGAUAAGCACAUGCUAGUUGUUGUGCCCAGCUAUUAUAUGAUGGUGUGCAUUGUUAGAGUCCUGAAGCUUCUUGCAUAUUCUAACAUAGUGUGGGGGUUUAUAGAGGAGAGUGCUACCCUGAAGGAAAUUACGCAGCUAAGACGCAAGCUCGAAAAUGGUGUACUUAACUUCUUAAUUGUCACGGAAAGAAUUCUGUAUUAUCGUCAACCGCCCUUUUCAAAACUUCAAAACGUUAUCUUCUUAUCUCCGCCACGGUCGCCUGAGCUUCUGAGCAAUGCAGGAAGAUACUUUAGUGUCAACCAAGAUAUACCAAGAUCUCUCAUAAUAGUGUAUACAAAGGCUACAGAUGCUACGCGUUUGGGAAAUUGCUUCCCACCAGACGUGUGUGUGGAGAGUAUAGCAUGCAAGGCAACAAUAUUUCUUAAUGAGUAA